UUUACCGCAAACCAUCAUGGACAGCUUCGACAACUUUCAAUAUAUAGACUCUGCUUCGUCGUACGGUGGCGCUACCAGUGUCGUAGACGAUAAUUCCUCUGUCUAUACUGCAACUACAAAUAUUGGAACGCCAGUCGACCUAGAAAGCCUCUCCAUCGUAGACGAUCGCUCCCAAACAUCCUCAUACAACAAUGGACACGAAGGGCACCACCAUCACACGCCGAGAACUGGUGUAGAUGAAGAUUUCUAUGCUGUUCUUGACGAUCUCAAAGACGAGGGUACCGUGGAUCUCCCUCCUCAUGCCUGCAGCUAUUGCGGAAUCCACUCGCCAGCCUCUGUCGUGAAGUGUCUUGUGUGCUCUAAAUGGUUCUGCAACUCGCGCGGCAACACUUCCGCCUCACAUAUCGUGAACCAUCUAGUGCGCGCAAAACAUAAGGAGGUGAUUUUGCAUGCCGAGAGCCCGCUCGGUGAAACCACUCCAGAAUGCUAUAAUUGUGGAAGCAAGAAUGUGUUCAUGCUGGGAUUUAUCCCGCAAAGAGCGAUACUGUUGUAUCCUUUUGUGUCGGUAAGUCUGCCAGGUCAGCACCGAGACUCAUAUUCAUGGCAUAUAUGCAGCCAACCCUGUGCGACAGUCAGCAAGGAUAUGUCUUGGAACGCUUCCCUAUGGGCACCGUUGAUCGAUGACAGGUCUUUCCUUUCGUGGCUCGUGAAGCCUCCCACCGAAACCGAACAACUUCGAUCUCGUCAGAUAUCAUUCAAUCAGAUCAACCGCUUGGAAGAUCUCUGGCGUGAAAACGCCAACGCCACACUGGAGGACCUCGAGAAGCCUGGUGUCGAUGACGAACCGCAGCCUAUCCUUCUCCAUUACGAGGACGCAUAUCAGUACCAGAAUAUUUUCGGACCUCUCGUCAAGAUCGAGGCUGAUUAUGAUAAACGCCUGAAGGAGAGUCAGACUCAGACUGAUAUCACUGUCCGAUGGGAUGUUGGUUUGAACCAGAAAAGAGUUGCGUGGUUUUGCUUGCCCAAGCUUGAGAGCGGUGAAGUCAGACUUGCGGUGGGUGAUGAAUUGCGGUUGAGGUACCAGGGUGAACUGCACAAAGCUUGGGACGGAGUAGGACACGUUAUCAAGAUUCCGAACAACAUUUCCGACGAAAUUGGGCUUGAAUUACGACGGACCGAGGGUGUACCUACCGAUUGCACUCAUAAUUUUGCGGCUGAUUUUGUCUGGAAAUCUACCAGCUUUGAUAGGAUGCAGUUGGCGAUGAAGACGUUUGCAGUCGAUGAGAAAAGCGUUAAUGGUUACAUUUAUCACAAGCUUCUUGGACACGAUCUUGCCCCCCAGGUUCUCCGCACGCAGAUGCCUAAGCGUUUCUCCGCGCCAGGUCUUCCCGAGCUCAACCACUCUCAAAUGUAUGCAGUCAAAAGUGUUUUGCAGAAGCCCAUUAGUUUGAUCCAAGGCCCUCCUGGUACUGGAAAGACCGUAACUUCCGCUUCAAUCGUCUAUCAUCUCGCCAAGAUGAAUCCCGGUCAAGUUCUCCUCACUGAAAAGAUUCACGCUACUGGUUUAAAGGUCGUGCGUCUGACCGCCAAAUCCCGCGAAGCCCUGGACUCUAGCGUCGCGUUCUUGACGCUGCACCAACAAGUGGCAAACAAUACAACUCACGUGGAGUUGCAGAAGUUGAUCAUGCUGAAGAACGAACAGGGAGAAUUGAGCUCCAACGAUGAGAGGAAGUACAAGACAUUGAUCAGGCAGUGCGAGAAGGAGAUUUUGGGUGCUGCGGAUGUCAUCUGCUGCACGUGUGUGUUCAGGACGGUGUUGAUCGACGAAGCUACGCAAGCUGCCGAACCAGAAUGUAUGAUCCCUCUGGUUGUCCUCGUCGGCGAUCAUCAGCAGCUUGGUCCGGUUAUCAUGAACAAAAAAGCUGCGCGCGCUGGUCUGACGCAAUCGCUCUUCGAACGUCUGGUUGUACUCGGCAAUAGACCCAUUCGUCUGCAAGUGCAAUACCGCAUGCACCCUUGUUUGUCGGAGUUCCCCCUCGAACAUGAGGAAAUAUCCUCUAGUGGAACUUCGUUCCUCAAUAGGACGGAAGCAUCCAACGUUGAGAAGAUCGUGACCAAGUUCUUCAAGUCGGGCGUCGGUCAACGUUCCUAUAUUGUCAACUAUAUGCAGUUCAACGGGUCUCUCAAGAAGGAACUGUAUAAGGAUAUCGAGGUGGCCAGUGUCGACGCCUUCCAAGGACGAGAGAAGGAUUAUAUCAUUUUGAGCUGCGUCAGAAGCAACGAACACCAGGGUAUCGGUUUCUUGAAUGACCUCCUCUAUGGAGUCGUCAUCCUUGGAAAUCCAAAGGUUCUCAGCAAGCACCCACUGAACACAACCCUUGUCGAGGGCCCGCUGAACAACUUACAGCCGAGCAUGAUCCAAUUCAGUAAACCUCGCCGCUCCCUUGUGAAGUCUAUGGACCAGUUCCGUCGCCACGAGACAAAUGCACGGGACUUCAUCCCCAACGCUGGAGGUGCAGGCAGAUCUGCUGGUGGAUUUGGUCCUGGUAUACCCGUGGCUCCGGGGGUGCUGGGAAGCGUAGUGCGUACGGUAGCUACGCUAGUUUCCAUCAUCUCCCAGGAUGCUGGACCGCCAAGCACCCGCAGGCAUCGGCGCAUGAGCGGGUAUGAUUACAAGAGCCAGGACGGCACGACAGACCUCGACGACGUGAAGAGCCAGUAUGGGGGAACACAAUCGGGCAUGACUGUGUUCUAG